CCCAACCUCUCCCCGCGCCGCCGCCGCCGCAGCUCGCACGCCCUCCCUCCCCCGCACGCCGCUCUUCCUCGUAGAUCCUAGUUGGCCCGCAGAAGACACUACCCGCCGGCGAUCCCACUUCUCCCUCCCACGCCAGAGGAGAGGCGAGGGGGAGGAGGACGAGGGGGACCCGAGUGGCCGCCGCCGCUUCCACCGACCUCGUCCCUGAGCAAGCAGCCAUGUUUGGAUCGAGCAGCCCAUUUGGGCAGUCGUCCACUAGCCCUUUUGGCCAGACGUCAAGCAACCCAUUCGGAGCACAGACAGGAUUUGGCCAGGCCAGCACUUCCGCCUCCAAUCCUUUUGCGCCAAAACCGUUUGGUAGCCCCACCUCAGCGUUCGGCGCGCAGACAGGAAGCUCACCUUUUGGCGCGACGUCCACUGGGGCCUUUGGCCAGCCAUCCGCUCCAGCGUUUGGCGCCACGUCCACUGGGGCCUUUGGACAGCCGUCCACUCCGGCGUUUGGCGCGGCGUCCACUCCGGCGUUUGGCCAGCCAUCCACUCCGGCGUUUGGCACUCCGUCAUCCUCUCCAUUUGGAAGCUCUACGCCAGCUUUUGGUGCAUCACCAGCACCUGCGUUUGGCGCCACAUCAUCCACCUUUGGCAGCAGCGGAUCAUUGUUUGGACAAAAGCCAAGCUUUGGUGGUUUUGGUUCCUCUCCUAGCCAGUCCAGUGCUUUUGGGGGCACAUUCCAGCAAACACAACCAGCAUUCGGUAGCAGUGCUUUUGGUGCAUCAAGCACGCCGGCCUUUGGCACCACAACCACACCAUCCUUUGGUGCCACAACUACACCUUCCUUCGGCUCAACCACCCCAGCAUUUGGUUCAACAUCAACAUCUUUGUUCGGUGCUACCAGUGCCCCAGCAUUUGGUUCUACAGGCUUUGGAUCUUCAGGUACCCCAGCCUUUGGUGCAAGUAGCACUCCAGGAUUUGGAGCUUCGAGCUCAGCUUCGUUUGGCACAUCAACUAGUGCUUUUAGCUUUGGCUCUUCACCAUCUUUUGGUCAAACAACAUCUACAUUUGGUAGCACUCCUUUUGGAACAUCUACGUCUCCUUUUGGUGCACAGACUUCUCCAUUUGGUUCACAGACAACAGCACCGGCAUUUGGCCAAACAUCAUUUGGGAACCAAGCUGGAGGAACUAGAAUUCAACCUUAUAGUCAAACUCCUGAUGCGGACAGUGCUACAAGUGGUGCUCAGCCCACUGCAAAGUUGGAUUCAAUAUCAGCCAUGGAGGCAUACAAAACAAAGAGUCAUGAAGAGUUGAGGUGGGAAGAUUACCAGCGUGGAGACAAAGGUGGACCUAAUCCUUCAGGAACUCCAGCAGUGACCCCUAGCUUCCCAUCCGCACUGAACAAUCAAUUUCCCCAAAACACGGCAAGUGCAUUCCCAUCGACGUCUGUUAACAACCCAUUUGCUGCCAAGCCUUCAACUGGUUUCGGUUCUACUUCAACAUCAUUGUUCAAUUCACCAUUCAAUAAUACAUCAGCAGCAAGCUCCAGUCCGUUUGCAUCAACUACAAGUAGCCCAUUAUUUACUCAAACAAGUAGUUCUCUGUUUGCAAGUUCCACUCCUGGUUUUGCUUCUUCUUCUCCAUUCGGCACAUCGUUAACAAACCCCAGUUCAUUCAGUACUGGCUUGUCCUUGGUUAACACUCAAUCAGCUGGGCUGUUUAGUUCAUCCCCAGCAUUUGGGCAACAACCGUUUAGCCAGGCACCAUCAGGGUUUGGAUCUAGUACGCCAGCUUUCUCUACUGGGAGCCUAUUCAGCACACCUACCCCUGGGAUGACUGGUGGACUGUUUGGCAGCGCACCUUCACCUUUUUCAUCUACCGCGUUUCAACAAUCUGCACCCGCUCAAACUCCAAGCAUGUUCUCUUUCCAACCUCAAGCUCAGACAGCUGCAACCGGUGGAUUUCCUGGCAUUUCCAACACUAUGAAUCAGACACCUUUUGGACAGCCAACUCCUAGCCAAUCCAAUAUGGUCAUGCAGCCAGCUCUUGUUACAAAUCCCUUUGGUACUCUGCCAGCCAUGCCUCAGAUGUCCAUUGGGAAUGGUGGAUCAGCCCCUUCUGUUCAAUAUGGAAUCUCAAGUUUGCCGGUUGCUGAAAAGCCUCUUGCGAGCAGGACAUCAUUAUCCAUGGUGGUUCCUAGGCAUUUGUCGCAGAGAAGGAUAAAAGUGCUUCCAAGAAAAUAUAAUCCGAUAUCUGAUGGCAAGGUCCCUUUCUUUGCUGAUGACGAUGAAUCUCCUGCAACACCAAAAGCGGAUGCCUUUUUCAUUCCUAGAGAGAACCCAAGAAAUCUCAUAAUCCGUCCAAUUGAUCAGUGGCCUUCACGUGGCACUGUUGACAGGCAGCCCAUUCCUAAGAGUUCAGUUGAUAUCAAUAAACAUAAAGGCGCUCAGGCUGAGGAGUUCAACAAGAAUGUCCUUUCGCCAACCAGGUCUACUUUGAUUGAAAAUGGCAUCCACCCUGAUGACCGUGCAUCAAAUGGGCCUGAGAUUGUGAUAAGGCAAGGAAAUGGUACUUCUGUUGAGAGGCUUGUGCCUAAGCUGGUGCAUGCCGACUAUUACACAGAGCCUAGUUUGGAGGAGCUUGCUGCCAAAGAACGUGCUGAACCAGGCUACUGCAGUCAUGUUAGGGACUUCGCUGUGGGACGUCAUGGUUAUGGUAGCAUCCAGUUUAUUGGAGAAACUGAUGUGAGGGGCCUUGAUCUGGAGUCGAUUGUGGAAUUCAAUAACCGUGAAGUGAUAGUGUACAAGGAUGACAGCCAGAAGCCUCCGGUUGGUGAGGGCCUGAAUAAACCCGCUGUAGUGACUCUUAUGAAUAUCCAAUGCAUGAACAAGAAGACAGGUGAUCUGUACACAGAGGGUCCAAGGGUAGACAAGUACAAGGAGAUGCUGGUGAAGAAAGCCGAGGAGCAGGGUGCUGAAUUCAUCUCUUUCGAUGCCGCCAAGGGCGAGUGGAAAUUCAGGGUUAAGCACUUCAGCUCCUAUGGUUUUGUUGAAGCUGAAAUUGGCACUUGCUAGUGUUCUUUUUUCUUUAUUCGUUUUCCUAUUCCUUGCUGUUGUAACUGUUGUGAAGGAGGAUGCUCAAUGGUGAUGUAGUAUUAAAUAGCGCCUCCUUAUGACGUGUUUGUGCUCUUUUUGAGUAUGUAGCUGCUUUCGUCCUGCCAUGAGUUUUGGUGUCUGUACUCUGUACAUCAAUACAGUUUGAACUGUACAGUUCAUGGUGUCUGCAAUGAAAAUUAUGCCAUGCUAGCUGAGGUAA